AUGCGGACCCGUGGCUUGCUGGUGGUGGCAUUUUUGCCAGGAGUCUUCGCGGAUGCGACAACGGGCACAUCGACCUCUUCUAAGGUGAUUUGGGCCAGGCCCGCGGUGCCCAACGGGGCAAGACAGGAUGACCUCACAGAUAAGUUGGUCUCAGACUACGGGCUGCAAAAUGAGGCUCCGAACCAAUCGGAGGGGUCGGGACGAAUCGCGAAGAUCAUUGUUUGCGUGAUACUGGGAAGUUCGGCUGUGUGGUUCUGCCGCCAGAAUUGGGGCCAGGUCGAAUCAGCGCUGGCCGACCUCCGUGCGGGGUUCCGAUACAGCGCCGUGUCCUCCUGUGACGGGGGCUUGCUGACGGUGGAUCCUGAAGAGCCCGCCAGACGUGCUCCCUUGGACGAGGCGGCUGGUCUGUACCCAUUCCUCAUAAGGUUCAAGGAGACCCUCCAAAGGUGGGUUUUCGCCAGGGGUCCAGACGAUGGCAGCGAAAAGGAGGAUCCAUGUACCCCGGAGGAGAAACAAGGCUUAUUGGGAGGCAACUUUGAUGAUGAGGAGGGCCAGUCAGAGGUCUCAACCAAUCACGCUUCACCUUUGUUCAACGGAGAUGAGGAUUCCAUGGCAGCCAUCAUAAAGCUUCGACCUUCUGUGCAUGACUCUGUUGGUGAUGAAGAAGAGGUGGAUUCAGCAAGGCCAAUCAUCGGCAGUGAGCGGGAAGAACUGCUCUCGCGUUGA